UUUUUUUCACGUCCGGCUAGACUUGACGGUUUGCCUAAGUCAGAAGCCCAAAGGUGUCUCCCUUCAUCCCAUUAGACAAUGGACCCUUUGAUAAAGGAUUGCAUGACUCAAUGGGUGGCAGAUAUUUUGGAUGCUUCUGUAACGGCAGACGAUAUUCAAUCGGGGAAGGUCCUUCUUGAACUUGCAUCGCUUGUGUAAGUUACGAAUCGGUAUUUUAAAAAGUAUUUAGGGGCGACGAUUGUCCGGAUAUAGGAACACAGCAGCCGCCUGAGUCCUGGAAGCAGAUCGAAGCAUUUCUGGAUGGUCCGUUCGAAUAAAUAAAUUCAUUUCCUCCUUUCAGGAAAUUAUCAGUUUAAGGCUUCUAGUCUCUUUUCUGUAAAGGAUGUGUUGGAGAAUUCAGGAGAUGAUGAGGAAGCCUUUGGAGUGUGUCUUCUUGUUCUCAUUGCGUGUCUCCAAGGCCGAGCCAAACAACUUUUCAUGGAGGCAGCUUUAAACUUGGACUUUGAUACACAAAACGUCAUAUUUCAUCUGUUACGGGAACCAAUGACCCAGCUCUCAUCGGACCAGCAACUGACACGUGAAAGCAUCUUAACGGGCUUCCGCGAACCUGUUCCAAGUCCACAAAGUUUGGCUGUCCAAGCGGAUACGUUGAACCAUCCUGGAGCUUCGGUACACUCCUCGACGACGUUGGUCCUCCCUGAUAAGACAGAAGUCUUAGAG